CCCUCCCCUCAAAGGGAUGGCAGCCCGAGGACAGCUAGCAUUCAUCCUGACGCCAAGAGACUUCAAAGGAGGAUACAAAAUUAUGGAUAAUAAUGGAAUAUCUGGGUGGAGGCUCUGCCCUUGAUCUAUUAGAACCUGGUUCACUCGAUGAAACCCAGAUUGCUACAAUAUUGAGGGAGAUACUCAAAGGACUCGAUUACUUGCAUUCAGAAAAGAAAAUCCACAGGGAUAUUAAAGCUGCUAAUGUAUUGCUAUCUGAACAAGGAGAAGUAAAACUAGCAGAUUUUGGAGUAGCAGGACAACUGACAGAUACACAGAUAAAGAGGAAUACUUUUGUGGGAACGCCAUUUUGGAUGGCACCUGAAGUAAUAAAGCAAUCAGCAUAUGAUUCAAAGGCAGAUAUCUGGUCAUUAGGCAUAACAGCCAUAGAACUUGCAAAAGGAGAGCCACCUCAUUCAGAAUUGCAUCCAAUGAAGGUUUUGUUCCUCAUUCCUAAGAACAAUCCACCAACGCUGGAAGGAAACUUCAGUAAAUCCCUCAAAGAAUUUGUUGAGGCCUGCUUAAACAAGGACCCAGGCUUUAGACCUACUGCAAAAGAGCUCUUAAAACACAAAUUUAUUUUACGAAACUCAAAGAAAACUUCCUACCUGACUGACCUUAUUGAUAGGCACAAGAGAUGGAAAUCUGAACAAAGUCAUGACGACUCCAGUUCUGAUGACUCGGAUACUGAGCCAGAUGGCCAGGCUUCAGGUGGGAGUGAUUUAGGAGAGUGGAUCUUUACAAUAAGAGAAAAAGACCCCAAGAAUCUAGAGAAUGGAGCAGCCCAGCCUUUGGAGUUGCAAAGAAAUAAGGAAAAGGAUAUCCCAAAGAGGCCUCUAUCCCAAUGCCUGUCUACUGUUAUAUCCCCUUUAUUUGCAGAGUUGAAAGAGAAGAGUGAAGUGUGCGGUGGUAACACAGAUUCCAUAGAAGAACUAAGAAAGGCUAUUUAUUUAGCUGAAGAGGCUUGUCCGGGCAUUGCAGAUAACAUGGUGUCACACCUUGUGCAGAGGCUUCAGAGAUAUUCGCUAGCUGGAGGAAGUACUUCAUCCUACUGAUGUGCUGGUUUUGACUUUUCUAAGACAACAGAGAUCCCACAGUGUCUGCAUUGAAGGCACGCACCCGAACGUUGCUCUGCCCCUCGGUCACUGGAAUGUCCGUUGGUGGAAGCACAUUCCUAAAUGUGCAAGAGUGAAAAUGAAGCCUCUUGGUUGGAGGCAGUCUUUCUCAGCUCCUUAAAGCUAUAAUUCUUUUUUAAUGAUAAUGCACAUAUUCCAGGGAGGUGUCUUUUUUGUAAAAUCUGAAAUGUAUAUUUACGUUUGUGAUAGAGAAAUUGAAGAUAUUGAGAAACCUCAGGUAUCUUGCUUUAAGAAUUCCACUGGGAGAUGGAGUAUGUUUGUUGGAAUUGUGUACAGAUCUGUAUAUAAUGUCUUUUUUAACUGAAAGCCUUUCAACGUGCUUAAGGAAUCACUGUGUACAAAUUGGUAAAGUGCUUUUGUAGAUAAUGUUAGUGGGGUAAAUAUUUGACAGGCCAUAACUGAGUAUUGCCUUGCCUUUAUUACAUGUAAAUGUUGAAUUACAUGAGAAGUGAAUCU